AGUUUGGGAUUUGCAGACCCGAGGAGGGAAGAAGGGAAGAAGAGAGGAAGAAGAGGAAGAAGGGAGGGGGAGAAAGGAGGACUGAAGUUGUCCCGGCAGCUCCGGGCGGGUCUAGCGGGUCUCUGCGGGUGUCCUGGUCCGGGUCGAGGUGUGACUCCUCCGGCUGGGACUCACAACUUUGUUGUUGUUGGGUUUUCUUUUUUUUUUUUUUUUUCCCGGAGCUCCGCGGCGGCAGCGGGAGGUCCGCGCGGCGCACGCCGGGGCAGCGAGCCCCUCCGCCGGGGAGGCGCGGCGCAGAGGGUCGGUGUCCCCCCCGGAGCUCCGGUCCGGUCUGAGCCAUGCCCGUCCGGAAGAGAGAUGCCCAGCGGGCUCUGCUGCUGCUGGAGGAGUACCGGUCCAAACUGACCCACACCGACGACCGGCAGCUGAGAGUUUCCAUCCAGAGGGUGAUCGACGUCUUCCAGAGCCACCUGUUCCAGGCGCUCAUAGAUAUCCAGGAGUUCUACGAAGUGACCUUAUUGGACCAGCGCUGGACGGACUCGCCCAAGGGGGCGGAGCCUGUGACGCCCGUCAACCUGUGGGACUUUUCCAGCUUCCCGUCCCCCACGCCGACGUCGGACACGCUGCCGAGCCUGAGCACCAGCAUCGAGGACUCCCCCCUCCUUAACGAAAUCCUGCUCACGCUGGCGCAGGUGCAGGUGUCGCCGGGCCCCCCGGGCCGGGACGGACAAAAGUACCGGCACCAUGAUGAGGACUCGUCCCCCCAGGACCCGGACCCCAGCUCCCCCCCGCUGACGGAGGAGGGGGGGCCCGAGCUGGUCCAGGUCUCGGAGAAGAACCUGUCCCAGAUCGAGAACGUGCACGGAUACGUUAGCCACGCCCACAUCUCGCCCAUGAAGGUAGCGUCUCUGGAGUGCAUCUUUGAGGGUUCGUUAGGACACCUCCACUCGGAGCUCCCCUCCCCCACGCCCUCCACCCCCCCCCACGGAGAGGACAGCCCCCUCCCAUCCUGCUCCUCCAACCCCUACCCCCCCGUCCAGCAGGCCGACGCCGCGGCGCCGCCCUCUCCUCCCAUAAUCCCCGUGAUCCCCGUCUCGCCCAUCCCAGCCGAGACCGCCGCCAUCCCUCCACCCUCACAGGCCAACCCGCCCCCCAUGGUGGUCAACGCCGACAGCCCGGACACGCCCCCUUACGUGAACGGGACGGAGCCGGACUACGAGUACGAGGAGAUCACGCUGGAGCGGGGGAACUCGGGGCUGGGCUUCAGCAUCGCGGGCGGCACCGACAACCCCCACAUCGGUGAGGACCCCAGCAUCUUCAUCACCAAGGUCAUACCUGGAGGAGCCGCCGCCCAGGACGGACGGCUCAGGGUCAACGACGUGAUCCUGAGGGUCAACGAGGCGGACGUCCGGGACGUGACCCACAGUCGGGCCGUGGAGGCGCUGAAGGACGCCGGGUCCCUGGUCCGACUCUACAUCCGCCGGAGGAAACCCGUCUCCGAGAAAGUGAUGGAGAUCAAGCUGGUGAAGGGACCCAAAGGUCUGGGGUUCAGCAUCGCCGGCGGGGUGGGGAACCAGCACAUCCCGGGGGACAACAGCAUCUACGUGACCAAGGUGAUCGAGGGCGGAGCCGCCCACAAGGACGGCCGUCUGCAGAUCGGGGACAAGCUGCUGGCGGUGAACAGCUGCUGCCUGGAGGACGUGUCCCACGAACACGCCGUCACGGCCCUGAAGAACACGCCUGACGUGGUCUACCUGAAGGUGGCCAAGCCCAGCGGCGUCUUCAGUGACGGCUUCACGCCGCCAGACCUCAACAACUCGUACACGCAGCACCUGGACAACCAUAUCAGCCCCGCCCCCUUCCUGGGGCAGCCCGUCCCCCCGGCGCCGUCCUCGGGCCGCUACUCGCCGCCGCCCAAGAGCAUGCUGGGAGAUGAUGACGUCACACGGGAGCCCCGGCGGGUGGCGCUGCACCGCGGGGCCACCGGCCUGGGCUUCAACAUCGUGGGAGGAGAAGACGGAGAGGGAAUCUUCAUCUCCUUCAUCCUGGCAGGAGGACCCGCCGACCUGUCUGGGGAGCUGAGGAAAGGAGACCGGCUGGUGUCGGUGAACGGCGUGGACCUGCGGAACUCCACCCACGAGCAGGCGGCCGCCACGCUGAAGAACGCCGGCCAGACGGUCACCAUCGUGGCCCAGUACCGGCCGGAAGAAUACAGCCGCUUCGAGGCCAAGAUCCACGACCUGCGGGAGCAGAUGAUGAACAGCAGCAUCAGCUCGGGCUCGGGCUCUCUGAGGACGAGCCAGAAGAGGUCGCUGUACGUCAGAGCUCUGUUCGACUACGAUAAGACCCGGGACUCGGGGCUCCCCAGCCAGGGCCUCAACUUCAAGUUCGGGGACAUCCUGCACGUGGUCAACGCCUCCGACGACGAGUGGUGGCAGGCGCGGCAGCUGACGGCGCAGGGCGAGCUGGAGGAGGUGGGCGUGAUCCCCAGCAAGAGACGGGUGGAGAAGAAGGAGCGGGCGCGGCUAAAGACGGUAAAGUUCAACGCCAAGUCCCGGGACCGAGGGCAGUCCCUCAAUGACAAGCGUAAAAAGAACCUCUUUACGCGAAAGUUUCCGUUCUACAAGAGCAAAGAGGCGAGCGAGCAGGAGACCAGCGACGUGGACCAACACGUGACGUCCAACGCCAGCGAUAGCGAGAGUAGCUACCGUGGCCAGGAGGAGUUCGUCCUCUCCUACGAGCCCGUCGUCCAGCAGGAAGUUGGCUACACCCGACCCGUCAUCAUCCUGGGCCCCAUGAAGGACCGGAUCAACGACGACCUGAUCUCCGAGUUCCCCGACAAGUUUGGAUCGUGUGUCCCCCACACGACCCGGCCCAAGCGCGACUACGAGGUGGACGGCAGAGACUACCACUUCGUGGUUUCCAGGGAGCAGAUGGAGAAGGACAUCCAGGACCACCGGUUCAUCGAGGCGGGGCAGUACAACAACCACCUCUACGGGACCAGCGUCCAGUCGGUGCGCCAGGUGGCCGAGAAGGGUAAACACUGUAUCCUGGACGUGUCGGGAAACGCCAUCAAGAGACUCCAGCUGGCGCAGCUUCACCCAAUCGCCAUCUUCAUCAAACCCAAAUCUGUGGAGAACAUCAUAGAGAUGAACAAGCGCCUGACGGACGAUCAGGGCAGGAAAACCUUUGACAGAGCCGCCAAGCUGGAGCAGGAGUUCACAGAACAUUUCACAGCCGUGGUGCAGGGCGACACUCUGGAGGAGAUCUACGACCAGGUGAAGCAGAUCAUCGAGGAGCAGUCGGGUCCCUUCAUCUGGGUCCAGUCCAAGGAGAAGUUAUGAAGGUCCCGACGCCCGGGUCGCUCCGGCGCUGCUCUUUUUACAUCCACUUAGUUUUAUUUUGAAAGGAAGAGUCGCCCCCCCCUCUAACCCCCCCAGAAACGAGGCGGCGGCUCACCUGAAGGUAUUCUCAAUCUUUUUAAGUUUUUUCUCCAUGAAGACGACGGUUCGGUUUCCUGACCAGCAGGAAAGAGCACACAGGAAGUGACAUCACACUCGCCACGGUACAGCUCCUUAAUGUUUAAGGGAGGAAACUUCAGAGGAGAAUUCUUGACGGCGACGAGAAGAAACGUACGAAGCAGAUUUGUAUUUUUGGUUGUUUUUGUCUCGUAAGCAGGUGGGCGGAGUCUCUGACAGCUUUUGUCAGCCUGGAGGAAACGAGACGAAACAGAGACACAAAAACGCUAAACUUUGCACGUUUGAGCUUUAACAGCAUGUCAGUCAUCCCGUUUAUUUCCCAUCAGCCCUUUCACCUCAGCGUCUGAUGUUGCGGCUUCUUUUUUUGUUGGUAUUUUUUACUUUUUGAUCCAGUUUUGUGUUUUUAACUUCCCGCGCCGCACGCUUCCAGAUGUCGCCAUCAGAUCUGCUUCUGGGGGUCGAUUCGUUCAAGCGUUGAUUUGAUUCUUCACGUCGGUGGGACUCCCAGGAAAGGUCCGUCAAAGUGGCUCGAAACGUUCACAGAACCGAUUCUAAACGUCCCAGAAACCAAGAGAAACAACACGUCUGAACGUUUCCGCCACAUCUGGUAUCGUGAACCUCUACAGAUGACGGUUGACGUUGUAUUUUUAAAGAGAAAUGAUUUUUAAGAGAGCUGCUUCUGUAAACCAUGCAAUACACCUCAGCCAAGAGGGAACUAUAAAUGUUUAGAAAUGAAUUUUAUAUCCAUGAAAAUGUUUAAAAGGUGAAAGGUGAAAUAUUUGAAAUAUAUUAGAAAGAUCUGUAUUUUGAAAUCACAAAGACGCUAUUUUAGUAGAAACUCAGAAUCACAUCCUUACUAUCACAACAAAGUGGUUUAAUUACAGGAAUUAUUUAGGAAUAAAAAGACACUAAGAGAAACAAUUUCUGCUGAAAUUGGAUUUUAAUGGCAGAAAUUCUCUAUAAAUGGGAAAUGAAUCAACUACAGAUAAAUAAAUCAGCUAUCAUCAAGAAAUCAUCAAGAAAUUUCUAAAUAACUUUGAAGAUUUCUCAUAUAAAUUUAAAUAUGUAGAAAUAUAUGUAUAAUUCUUUUUCUAAAUGUCCAUAUUUAGAAUGAAAGAAGGUCAAAACUCAGUGAACAUGUUUUUUAAAUAGUGAACAAGUAACUUGUGAUUAUGAAAAUAUAUUUUCAACAUACUUGAAGGUGUGAAAGCUGUCGACCGUCAGAUAUUAAAUCCAUCACGUGAGAAUAAAAGCAGAAAUCUAUUUUAAGUCUACAGAGACGCGAAUGAAACUCCUUCAUUUAUGUGAAGACGUCAGAUUCGAGGUUCUGAGGAAAGAAAACGUUUGUCCGCCGUCGGAUCGGCAGCUUUUCGUCCCGCUUUCACGGCGGCGGAGUCGUGUGGAGCUCCGCCCCCUGCUGGCGGAGCCCCGCCCCCUGCUGUCGGAGCUCCGCCCCCCUGCGUGCUACCAUGGCAACCUCGUGGAGGGCGGGGCCGGCGUCCCGGAGACGAGCCGCCACCUCCAGGAGUCCCAACCUGGUUGUUGUACAACGAGAUCUUGACAGAUAUUUAACCCUCGUAAACUGCCUAUUUUGUUAUAAUAAAAGUCUAUAUUGAACUUUACUCGAGCACUACUACUACGGGAAUUAUUUUCUUUGCAUCGUUAAUCAGAUAUGAAUAGAAAUGUUUAAAGAGAUUUGAAUAUGAAUAUAUAUUUUUCUUUUUCUUUGAUCACCACCUCCUCUGUCUUUUAAUUUUCUUUUUUAAGCAUAAUAA